AUGAGUGACUCAGAAGAGCAUAUUCCUGUUUCUCAUACUGAGGAUGGCGUGAAUCUUCAUACUGCCAGGUCUCAUCCAGAUGAUCAAAUGGAGGACACCGCGAUGGAGUAUAGGCUCAAGAAAGAUCAGUUGUUAAUUUUGAAAAUGAAGCAAAGUUUGAUAGAGAUCUCAUUGAGGAUUAAUGAAGAUAGAACACCUGAACAAUACUUUAAUGACUAUAUCACAAUUAGAAAGUACUGAAUGCAAUGUAAUAGGCAAGAAAAUGGUUCCUUACUUUCAUCUGAAGGCUCUCCUUUACUUUCAGGCCCACUAGUUGAGAAAUUAUUGAAAAAGCUUCAGGAUAAAUUUAUUAAAACAUCAGAAUGCCCUCUCACGCAAGAGUUUAGAAAAAUUUGAAAAGGAGAGUCCUCAAUGGAAACAACUGAGGAACUUCAAGAAAAAAGCUCGAAGUUAGAGUAUGAUGAUACUUUUCAUAUGCUAGAAUUGAUGAAGAGUGUCAAUCUUCAAAAGCCUUUAUCAGGCCAAAUUUCAAGACAUUUGAAAGACCUAGCUUCUACCUGUGCAACUAAUGUAAACAUGAGUUCAGGAAUGUGACACAAAGAGCAGGAAGAAUUUAAAGAAGAUGAUAAUGAUAAAAGAAGAGUUGAGCAAACUUUGUCCAAUCUCUCCGGGAUGCAGAUGAAGUACUCCAAUCUUGUGUGAAGCACAGACUUGCAUGUGAUAGAUAAUGCUAGUGAUUUUCAAUAA